UCGGCAUCUCUCUCUAUGGAAUGGUCAGUUGCAGAGAGCAAUGGAACGUGUCGACGGCGAUCCCCUCCUUCACACUCACCGGCUUUCCCAUCGCGCCGCGGCUAACCGCGUGCUCGGCGUAGUUUACCUAUGCGGCAUCGUCGCCGUGCUCUACCACCGCGUCGUCGCCGUGCUUCAAUCCACCAGCUUAGCCUCCUUCUCCAUCUCCGUCCUCCUGCUAAUCGCCGACGUCGUUCUGGCGUUCACGUGGUCCACCACGCAGGCGCUCCGCCUGCGGCCGGUGCACCGCCGGGAGUUCCCCGAGAACCUGGAGAAGGUGGCGAGGGAGGAGGAUUUCCCGGCGGUGGACGUCUUCAUAUGCACGGCGGAUCCGUACAAGGAGCCGCCGAUGCGAGUGGUGAACACUGCUCUGUCUGUGAUGGCGUACGACUAUCCUCAGGAGAAGCUCUCGGUGUACGUCUCCGACGACGGAGGCUCCGCCCCGACUCUCUUCGCGUUCAUGGAGGCGGCGAAAUUUGGAAGGCUGUGGUUGCCGUUUUGCCGGAAAAACCAGAUCACGGAGAGAUGUCCGGAGAUAUACUUCAGGCUGCAACACUCUCCGAGCUCUGAGACUCAGCACCUGAAGAUGACGUAUGAAGAGAUGAAGAAAAGAGUGGAGAGUGCUGUGGAAAGAGGGAAGGUGGAAGAUGAGUACAUCACUAGCCAACAAGAACGCGAAGCUUUCAACAAAUGGACCAAAGAUUUUAGCCCCCACCAUCAUCCUGCUGUUAUUCAGGUUUUGUUAGAGAGCAAGGAAGACAGAGAUGUGGCAGGCCGAGCAAUGCCAAAUCUGAUCUAUGCAUCCAGGCAGAAAAGUAGGACCUCCCCGCAUAACUUCAAGGGUGGUGCCCUCAAUGUCCUGCUUCGGGUAUCAGCUAUCAUGACCAACGCGCCUAUAAUCUUGACUCUAGAUUGUGACAUGUACUCUAACGAUCCUCAAAUUGCUCGUCGAGCCCUUUGCUACUUCUCUGACCCUAAACUUACGCCCAAAUUAGGGUACAUUCAGUUUCCUCAGCGUUUUGCUGGACUCAAUGAGGAUGAUAUUUAUGCAAGUGACCUUAAACGCAUCUUCCAAAUCAAUCCACCAGGGAUGGAUGGGCUUGUAGGCCCAAUUUACGUGGGGACGGGAGCCUUUUUCUCCCGCCGGGUUUUCUUCGGAGGCCCAUCAUCUUUCAUCACACCUGAGAAGCCCGAGUUGCGGCCAGACCAUGCAGUCACCAAGCCCAUUCGGGCCCAAUCAGUAUUGGAGUUAGCCCACCAAGUAGCCGACUCGAACUAUGAAAGCAACACCAGCUGGGGUUCCAAGAUGGGGUUCAGAUAUGGAUGCCUGGUAGAGGACUUUUUCACCGGCUACCGGCUACACUGUGAGGGCUGGAAGUCUCUGUUUUGUCACCCUAACAGGCCUGCAUUUUUAGGGGCAGUUCCAAUAACUCUCAAUGAUGUGCUGAACCAGACCAUGAGAUGGUCCUUGGGCCUCCUUGAGGUGGGUUUGUCCAAAUACAGCCCAUUAACUUUCGGCAUCCGCGGGUUGGGCCUCAUAAUGGGCCUUUGUUAUGCACACCACGCAUUCUGGGGAAUUCCUUGCAUUCCAGUCACCAUUUAUGCUUUCCUCCCUCAGCUCACACUCCUCAAUGGAAUCUCCAUCUUCCCCAAGGUCUCGGAUAAGUGGUUCAUGGUGUACGCUUCCCUAGCUCUCGUCGCGUACGGCCAAGAUUGUCUAGACUUCGUGGUAGGCCGGGGAACGCUCCGGCGGUGGUGGAAUGAACAGAGGAUGUGGAUGAUAAAAGGGGUGACAGCCUACUUAUUUGCCUUAACAGAGUUUGCAUCCAAGCUGUUGGGCAUGGGCAGCCAUGGGUUCAAUGUGACCAGCAAAGCAGAGGAAGCGGGGGAGCAAGGCAAGAGGUAUGAAGAAGGGAGGUUUGAGUUUGGAGAACAUUCCCCCAUGCUUGUGUCCCUGGCCGUGGCUGCUCUGAUCAACUUAGCAGCUUUGCUUGGAGGGGUAGUGGAGGCUCUGAGGGGGGAGAAGAUGGAGGGCUUGUUUGGACAGAUGUUCAUAGCUGGUUUCGUGGUGGUGAAUUGCUGGCCUGUUUAUGAAGCCAUGGUGUUGAGGACUGAUAAAGGGAGAAUGCCCCCCAAGACCACCGUCAUUUCCGUGGUUCUUGCUUGGGUUCUUUAUAAAGCAGCUUCCCUUGCACUAAGCACCUGAGACCUUGGGGCAUUGGCUUGCCUGUAAUAUCAUUGUUUUAUUGAACAUUUUCUCCAUUUUUUGUAUUGAUCAUUUUCUCCUAUCCAUCAAUAUUAGGACAAAUUUAGUUAGA